AUGUCGACAGACAUUAGAAUUGCGCAAGCCAUCGGCACUGUCGGGUGCGCACUCGCAGCAGGCGGCAUCUCCACGCUGUCCUGGAUAGGCCUCCCAACACUCGCCCUCCCAGCUCGGUUCCCAUCCGACCCUUCCGUCCCCGGAACACCCAUCUCCCACCUCACGCACCAGUGGCUCUUCCUCUUCAAGCGCGGCCACGACACAUUCCCUACCUUAGCCACAGCGUCCUCCCUCGCAAAUGGCUACCUCGCCUGGACCUUGCGCGACGCAGGCGCGUCGCCCAUUGGUGGGUAUAGCUGGACAACGUGCUACGUGGCCGCUAUCGCGGCGACGAUGAGCAUCGUCCCCUGGACGCUGAUUUUGAUCAACAAUACGAAUGUGAAGUUGACGGCGCAUGCGACGCGCGACGAUAAGGGGUCUGCGAAGGAGCUGGGUACGCAGGAGACGGCGAGGCGCGCGAAAGAUGAUGCUGAAGUGCCUGGAUUAUUGAGGUACUGGUCUAUGUUGAAUCUGGUGAGGUCGGUGUUUCCGUUGGUUGGCGCUGUCAUUGGGUUUACGGCGGCGGUGUCAAUGUAG